UUGUCGAAAGCAAAGGCCACUCGUCAAUAGAAACCACUAAAAUACACGUGAGAGGAUGCAUAUGUUUUGGGCUGCAUGGCUGCCACGCUGGGCACGCCACUAUCAUCUCAUCACUCACUUCUACACUUGUCUUGGGAUUCAUGCCCUUAGCCCAAUAUGAAAAAUUUGUUCAACGGAUUUAUACAAAUAAGAUCCGUUUUUAUUUAUAAGUUGUAGGUUUCUCUCUUUGAAGACCUUUUUCGAGCUGAUAGAUUUUUUAACCGCACUCUCUUCUAUGGAUAUGAGCUGUCGUCGUUCUUCUCUCUUCCGACCCUGAUCAUAGUUUUCUAUGAGCGGGAUACACUGGGUAUAAUGAUGAUCUGUAUAAAUGGAGAGUUAGUUGCACAUAGAUCUAAUGAGAUUUCACCCUAAAACUAAUUAAUAUUAAAAGUAGCCUAUCAACUAAAUAUAUUAGUUGAUUUCUCUAUAGUUCUUCAAUUUAAGAUCACAAGUGGAACAAUACUCUACUGUUGUUAAGGAAUUACAAAAACAUGACAUUACACAUACUAAACUAAAUAUAUCUAAACACUACAAUUGAGUAGCUAAAACAAUCAAUAAUUAACACCUAAAAGUGUCCUAAUUAUGUGAAAGCGGUGCGUGGUUUAUCAUAUAUUUUCCGUUCGAUGUUACGUCGAUUAAAACAACUAUUUAAAUUUGUUAGACCAAAUAUGAAAAAUAACCACCGCUUUGACAUAAGCAUCCAAAACUUGAGUCUCAUUUUAAAGUUGUGGGUUUUGUGAUAAAUUUCUUGCAUGUAUAUCAAACGCGGCACACCGUUCAUGCUUCCACCUUCUCCAUCCCAUUCUCUUCUUUUUCUUCUCUCGAAAUUUCCACCCAUCUCUUUCUCCCACCUUUUUUGUUUUAUUAUUGCCUCUAUUUUCAUAAUACUUACUACUAAUAGUAAUAUUUUUCUACACAAUAUAUUACAAUUAAAUGUGAGUAUUUCAGAAUAAAAAAGUAAAAAUUAAUCACAUAGGACGAGGGCAAGAGUACUAAAAAAACCAAACUUAGAAUCAUACUAAAAAUAAUACUUACUUCAACUAAGAUAAAAUGCAUUUCUCUUCCACCUAUUAAUACAGCCUUCUCAAAUCAAAACCAUCUCACUUUCUCACUUACUCAAAUACAAACUCAAAAUAAACCAAAACAAAAUAUACUCAAAACACCUAAAAAAAUGCAUAAACCAACUCUUCCUUACUCUCUUUUACUUAUAGUACUAUUCUUCCUUUUAACAACUAAGGUAAAAUCACUACAAAGGGGAAGAAUGGUGGGAGCAAGACAAGAUAUAGAUAAUGUUAAAACAAACAAAGAAGUUCAAGACUUAGGAAAAUUCUCAAUAGAGGAAUAUAACAAGGAAAUAAGGGAUAAUAUACAACCAUCAAGCCCGAUUCGGAGUAUCGGGCUUGGUGGUGGAUCUAAAUUGACUUUUGUUGAAGUAAUUAAGGCCCAAAGACAAGUAGUUUCCGGGCUUAAAUACUAUCUUACUGUUAAAGCCCACGAAGGUGAUCAUACUAGGAUUUUUGAUGCUGUGGUUGUUGUUAAACCUUGGGUUCAGUCAAAGAAAUUGCUCAACUUUGGCCCAUCUUUGGAAUCCAAUUUAAAUCAAGUAUUUAGUGAAAGUAGAGUUGUUUGACAGGUCGGGUCAAGGCGCGGGUUUUUGAUGGGUUGAGUUCUUCAAAUUUUGGAACUGCUUCAAUGGUUUAAUGUUUAUAUUUUUUGGAGUACAAAUUAAAUAACUAUGUCUUGUCUAGACUUGAUGUUUGGGUUGAAAUAACUUGUAAUCUUAUGUGAUUAACAAUAAUAAGUUGUUGAUCUUGUCAUUAGUUAGUAGACUUCGUUGCGAUAGAUUUCCAUUUCAUUUCAUUUCAAUCGGUUUAUUUAGUCUUGUAUGAUACCCCUCAUCAUAAAGUGAGACGAUACAAUCGGUCUAUCAAGUCUUAUAUGACACUUUUUCACAAUUGAGACGAAUCCAUAUAAUAUGGUUACUACUUUAA